AUGGAGACACGUUCUUGUGGUGGGCGAGCACCACGCCGUCGUGGUGGUGGCUGUCAUAGUGGAGGCAGAAGCCAGGCACACGUGGUCCGACCUGAACUGGAGGGGGAAGCUUCUUCCGAUGGAGCCUCGGUGGCAGUACGAUCUCACGCCACCACGGUUCCAGAAAAUCUGGUACAGCCAUGUGUGGCUGUCAGGUCCGGUUUGGACCUUAAAAUGAAGCUUCCCACCCCGGAGACAGAUGCUUUGGGUGAUAAGCAAGCUGAAACACCUGUGCGGGCGCCGGACAAUGCAUUGGGAGCAUCAUCUGCUGAAUUGAAGCAGGUGUUGGAUACUAUCCAGGCGGUGCAGCGUCAGAAUGAGCACUUACAAGCUCAAGUGGAAUAUCUUAAUCAAAUGCGGGAUCUGAGGCGUGGCCAGCGUGUGGAUGCGGAGGAUGUGGUAGAUUUUCAACCCUUUGCGCCCAUAGUGGCUGCAGUUGAGAUUUCAGAGCACUUGCAAACUUUGACAUUGGAUAUGUAUGGGGGCGACACUGACCCGAUAGAUCAUUUGCGGUAUUUCAAUACUAAAAUGGUCAUUGGAGGGGCGACUGAUGCGGUAAAAUGCAGAUUAUUGCCUUCCACAUUUAAGGGCGUGGCAAUGACUUGGUUUAUCAAACAGCCUCCAUAUUCCAUUUCAAACUUCACCGAUUUGUCAACCAAGUUCCUAACACAAUUUUCAGCCAAUCAAACUCAAAAGGCGACCCCGGCUGAUUUGUUCAACAUCAGUCAGCACGUGGGCGAACGCAUCAAAACGUAUAUGGCUCAUUUCAGUCGAGUUUCAGUUCAAUUAGAGGACGUCAGUCUAGAAGUAUGUGUGGCGGCCUUCAAGAAUGGGCUCAGGUGUGGCUCGUUGAACAAAGACUUAACCAGAAGACCCGCCAAGGACAUGAUGGACUUAUGUGCCAGGGCACAGGAAUUCAUCUUAGUGGAACAAGAUGAACAUACCAAAAAAGAUAGAGACAACUGGCGUACUCAACCUGAAGUUACAGUAGAAAGGAGGCGUGGUUCAAAAGAGCAACACCCAACUCAAACACCGCGCCAACAAAGGCCGGCGCCCUACCCUUCAGGCAGGCAGGGGCCACAAAGUAACAUUUGGCAUCGAAAUGCUCAACCUGCUUUAGCGAAUCAAGGAGGAAACGCACCCGCCCAAGGGCAACAAACCAAACUGAAUGCUCCUCUCAGUACGAUCUUGUGA